AUGCCAACCCGGUAUCGUCCUGCUCGCACUCGACUCGCUCGGCUGCCGCAGCCGUCGACGCCGUGCAGCAACGGUGGAGUUGCAGAUGAAACCAGUCUCCAACCACACAUGAGAAGGCAUCUCGAGCACCAGGAGCACUGGUGGAGCGGCGUUAGUGCCUGGCAGCAGCAGCAGCAGCAGCAGCACACGAUAGGACGUGACGUUCUGAGCAGCUCCGUCACGAAUCAACAAGCACGCCAGGAACCGAGUCCUCGCGCUCGCGCGACCCCCGCGCCUGCUUCCGUCGCAGAAAAUGAAGACAGUGCUCGUCAAGGUCGGAGCUCUGACGUGACUGGCCAUGCUCACGCAGCAGCAGCCGCAGAAGAGCGAGGCGACGACAGUAGGAACCAAAGUCACAACCUGUCAACACCUACCGCAGUCACGCUGUCGUCCUCCGUCCUUGCACGCCGCCGCAAUGCCCGAGCGUCCUUGUUUGAUCUCGACAGGCAGCCUUCUUCUCCAGAUGCAAUGGCGCUAUCGCAACCAACUCCCCGACGCUGGCUUCAACUUGAACGAGCAACAAGAACAAGAAGAACAUCAACAAACAACGCAACAAACGUUUCCUCCGCUGAGACGACGUCGUCAUCACCGACAAUAUUCUCGUCGGAGCUCGUUGUGCAAUUAGAUUGCUUAUAUUGCUCGGCCAAUAUCACGAAUCGUGGCAUGGGCGGCAAGCUUCGCGCCGAGCCUUGUAACCAAGAGCUGUACUCCACCGAUGCAGAGCCUUCGUCGGUAGCCUUGAUUGGGAAUGCUCGACACGCACCCACUUGUCGGUGUCUGGUUCGGGACGCAGCCUGCCUGACGUGUGGCAAUGCUGUCGGCUACCACGUCGAAACACCUUGCACGAGGUGUUUGGGUGACUGCACCAAUGGGCACAUGUGGAUUUUCCACAGCCAAUGCACGAUUGCUACAAUCCGUCAGGCUCCAGGCCAGCCGGCGGCGAUGGUGUGGGGACGGCUUCCGAGCCCAAUGCAAGAUCCGUUGUUGCAGCUGGCUGCUCAACCAGACGCUCCGGCCACGUACUCGGCCAAGCCUUGCCGAUAGAUUCAACGUGGAUGCAGUUGUUGAUUGUGUCGUGAGGGACAGACCUGAGAGGAAUAGUACUUUGUUGUGGCGCACAGACAGCUUGUAUAUUCAGAGCGGCCACAUCUCCAUGCAAAUAAUGUACAGUAAUCGAAAAUAAGGUGCAUCC